AUGAAGCCCUGCGCGCGCCUGUCCGGCCUGUGUGGCCUCGCCGCACUCGUCGCGGGUGUCGUUGCCAUCAGCUUCCUCGCGACCCUCGCCAGCGCCGCUGCUGACCCGUGUGCCAGCAUGGAUUGUGGGGAAGCUACCUGCUAUUUUGAUGAAGAAGUUGGGGCCUUUUGCGAUUGCAAGAAUGGUUUUGAAUUCGUCAAAGACCAGAAGACAUGUGUGGAUCCCUGUCCCAAGAUGGAUUGUGGGGAAGCUACCUGCAAGAUUGAUGUGGACUUUGGAGCCAAUUGUGUGUGCAAGGAUGGCCUGGUAUUCGACGACAACCACAAGACGUGUGUGGACCCGUGUGCUGGCGGGGUGUGUGGGGUAGAGGCUUCUUGCCAUGCUCUCGCUCCUACCGAAUUCCUUUGCCUUUGCCACAAGCGAGGCUACAGCUUCAACGACGCUGACAAGACGUGCUUUGCCCCGCUGGCGCGGACGACGGUGCAGGCAAGAGGCUACGGCGUGGGGAGCGCCGUCUUCUUGUCGCCGCUGCCGGCCGAGCAGGCCAGUGCCAGCGGCACCAUUGUGUGCGGUAACCUGGAGGUCAUGCUGCAAGGCAGCGCCACCAUCACCGCCGUGUGGAAUGCCUCCAACUUCGCCUCGCCUAUGGACGACGCGCCCAGCAACGCCAUGUGCAAGAGCCUGUCGUUCUACGGCGAGUCGUACUGCACGAAGAAGCUGGGCUUCACCAUUGCACGUCCUGCAAAGAAGGGCAGUUCCUACCCCGUCACAAAGAAGACUGUCAAAGGAAUCAAGUCGCUGCUAUCAGUUGGCUGCGAGAUCACCCUGUGUGAGAAUGAUUGUGGAACUGCAAAGUGCGUUGUGAAGGAGGGCCAGCCGCAGUGCCAGUGCCCCGAGGGCCUCGUGUUCAACGCCGCUAAGAAGCUCUGCCUCGACCCUUCUCUUUCUCCUCCUCGUCGGGCGGGUGGCGGAAAAGCUAAGAAUGGGCGACCCUAG